CGGGAAAGCCUGAGUGCUGCGGUUCUGCCGGCAUGGGCGUCCCCAGAUGCUCGCGUGCAAGCCGAACCAAGAGGGCUCCUUUGCCACUUGCCCCGGCAUCUUCCCUGCUCUCCCGUCCCCUCUCCCGUGGAGCCUCUGCGGUCUUGUUGGUGCGGCUCUGAGUCAUGAUUCCCGACAGCCGCUCUGGCCUUGGCAGCGUGAAGACAUGGCGGCGCCCUGUGAAGAGCUGCCGGCUUCCGGCUCUGUGCAAACGCCUGGCUGGUCGUGAAGACGACUGCAAGGAGGCUCCCACUACUUAUUACUGUCGUUAGUAUUCGUGCCUCCGCGCCUUCUCCCACUCGCACAGCCGGUCUUGCGUGAGGCUGAAUCUCCGUGGAAAAAAGUUGCCCUCCCUCCUUCUCCUUCCCAGCUGAGAAUGUCCCAGGACCAAGACAAGCCAGAUAGAAGUGAAAGAAAUUCAGAUGUAUCAAAUGGAUCUGAAGAUGACCAGCAGGAUACCUUAGACAAUCCUAAACAGUCUGUCAGAAAGAAGGUUCGACAAAAUACACCAAGUCCAAGCAGAGGCAAUAUGCCACAAGCUAGUCCCCCUCAGUUUGUAUCGGUGAAGGAGCUGAUGGAAACAGCAAAAGGUGUAACAAACAUGGUUUUAGCCCAUGAGAUUGUUGUCAAUGGAGGUUUCCAGAUAAAACAAGCAGAAUUACCAGAAAACAGCCUGGAAAAAAGAGUAAGAGAGAUUGUCCACAAAGCCUUUUGGGAUUGUCUGGAAGCCCAGUUAAAAGAAGACCCACCAUUGUAUGAUCAUGCAAUUAAACUUGUAGGAGAGAUCAAAGAGGCUCUUCUGACUUUCUUGCUGCCUGGUCACACUAGAUUAAGAAAUCAGAUUACCGAAACUCUAGAUCUGGAACUGAUAAAACAGGAGGCGGAAAAUGGUGCCCUUGACAUUUCUAAACUGGCAGAAUUCAUUAUUGGAAUGAUGGGGACCCUCUGUGCACCAGCUAGAGAUGAAGAAAUUAAGAAGCUGAAAGAGAUUCAUGAAAUAGUUUCCCUGUUCAGAGCAAUUUUCUCUGUGUUGGAUUUGAUGAAAAUGGACAUGGCUAACUUUGCUGUGAGCAGCAUCAGACCACAUUUAAUGCAGCAGUCGGUAGAAUAUGAAAGGAAGAAAUUUCAGGAACUGUAUGAGAAACAGCCAAAUUCCCUGGCUUUUGUCACUGAGUGGCUACAAGAAGCUGCUGAUGAGGUGAGACCCAAAACCCUGCCUGCUAUUGGUGAUGGAACUUCCCACAGACCUCCUGUGCUAUGUCCUCUUGCUGUACAGAAUCAUGCAUACCUUAAGCUGCUCAAGUGGGAUCAUCUGCGGAAACCAUUUCCAGAGACUGUGCUGAUGGACCAGACACGCUUCCAGGAAAUGCAGUUUGAACUGGACCAGCUGAUGUUAACAGGCGCUGUUCUGCUGGUCACAUUCAAUGCAGCAGGCCCAGCCCUUUCAGGCUUGCCAGGCUUUGCUGACAAACUCAAAACUGCUAUCCGUGUGCUGUUGACUGGGCUACACCUUCCCUCCUUCAACUUGACUGAAGCUUUGGCUGCCAUCAGUGAAAAGGUCUGUGCUGAAGUGAACAACUGUCUUUCCCAACAUGGAUUCACACCAUUCACACCUGAAAAAGAGGCUGUGCUUAAAGGACAGAUCCAGUCUCUGGUCAAUCCUGAUAAUUCCAUAUGCAAACUGAUAGAUUCUAGAAGCCAGGUUUUUUUAGGCAGCUACCUGGCUUCUGGUUAUCAGAAACCCAUUCCUGCUAUUCCUGGUGGAUUAGGCCCUAUUCAGCAAGAGCUGGAGGAAAUUGCUGUCAAGUACAUUCGCCUUGUUAACUACAACAAGAUGGUCUUUAGCCCUUAUUAUGAUGCUGUUCUCAGCAACAUACUGAAUAAAGAAGAAACAGCUCACUUACAAGGAAAGCUGGAUGAUGAUUAACUCCAGGGUUUUGUUCUAGCCAGUAAGACUUUAAUCCAGAGUAGUGCAAUAAAAGGCUUCAUACUCAUUCUGUUACACUGAUGUCUCUACCAGAAUUAUGAGGAUUGAAAACAGAUAUGGGGGCUCCUGUGAUCAGUCUUGGCAUUCCCUCCUCUUCUCCUUAUGUCCCAGAUCAGUGUUGUUCCCUGGGGAAAUCUUACAUAGCAUCAAUGAAUUGAUAUGCAGACUGGGAGUGUGAAAUAGCAAGAUUAGGUGUUCACUUCUUCCCGCUUCUACCCCAUUGAUCAGUGCUGUAACAAGGAGCUUUGGUCAGAAGUUCCAUGCUGAACCAUUCUACUAUUGGGAGUAUGCUAAAUUGUGCCACCCCCCCCCCCCCCCCCCAGCCCUUCCCUCUGGCUAGUUGUUCAAGGUACAUAGGCAAGAUGUUCAAUGAGUCCCUCCCUCUGGCACAAUAAUUUUCCUGCUAGAUUAGAUGCAUGCAGGGAAGCCAAUUUCUGUGCACUGGAUUAGGCUAAUUUAUCUUUCACUGUCACCUUGCAACCUUUGGAAAAUGCCCACAAACCAUUUCAGUAAUUCAAUAGCAGUGACUGAGUGCAAAGCUGAUAUAUUGGAUAAGUAAAGGAUAAAUGCUUCAAUUCAAAACAAACAGAGAAGCUGGAAGUCUUUUAAAAUUUUAUCUCUGCAAUACAAACAAAUUAAAACAAUAUCUUGAUGUUUUUCCAUUUACUACGGUAUAAAGAUAGCAUGAACUUUGGUGCAAAAGAGGUAAUAGCUUGUUUGUACGCUACGGUUUGUAAAGCCUGUUCUAAUAAUUAAAUGUCCACAUUUACAAAACUUGGAAUACUGGUAGUGACAGUCUGUAGACUCACAGAAUUGCUUCACUCUUAGGAUGUGUAGAAACUAAAACUCUUUUGAUGAGUGUUUCUUGGUUCAUUGCUGCUGGUAACACGAAAUACAAAACUUUACCUAUUUAGAAGUGGUAUAAUAUUUGUCCAUUGAAUUUCAAAUUAGAAUCCAGCUGUGUGAAAGUUUUGUGAUUGAGAAGAGGUACAUUUCAACUUGAGAAACCCUGUUAAAAUGACAACACUCUAAUCCAGUUGUUCUUUGUGCAGGGCUGUUCACCUAGUUUCUCCCCCUCUAUCCUGCAUAGGAACUGUAAGCAGGCUUUUGGGCCUGAUGGCUUCCAAGCAUGUGUUACUCUUGCCAGACUGAGAUGCAAGACUUUAUUUGUAUAUUAGACACAGUGGUUAUGAAUGCAUAGCAGAAAAGAGCUAUUUUUUAACUUUUCAUGGAAUUUAUGGAGAAGGUAUUGUGAGUAAUUUUUUCCAGAGUUCAUAAACUUCUAUAGUAAAUUUUGAAUACUGGAGAACGUUGACUGUGUUUCUUAUGUAGGUGUGUUGUGAAAUGAUUUUCAGUAUCAGAGGCUUGACUAUUAUAUUUAGUAAAAAAACAAGGAAACAAGAUCACAUGUUCAGAAAAUUGCUUUUGCUUGGGGAAAAAAAUAAGUCUAAGAAAAAAAGGGAGAGGCGCAACCAAAAGUAUAUAUGCUACAUUAAUGAAGCUGUGCAAAAUUGGCAUGUGUUGCAAAAGUCAAUUAUUAUUCAUCAAAGCAGUGUUUAUUCAUAAAAUAAAGUUACCAAAGGAAAUAACACAAUUUUACACUACUAUCAGAGUAAACAUAAGUCAGAACAUAAAUUUAAGUAUGCUGUGUGUUGUUUCUUUAAGAAAAUAUUUUUUGGCUUGUUUUCUUUCCUGACAGGAGCUGGUUUCUCCUUGUUUUGCCCAAUGUCUAAUUCAAGGGACCCAUGUAUUCAAAUAUAUAAAAACCAAAUUUAUACAUACAUUGCAUAUCAAUUGUACAAUUAUUUUACAGAAAUGAAUCUUGUUUUUUAACUCAUAAUUUCUGCUUCUUUUUAUAACUUAUACUAUCAUAUGAAGAUCACAGUUGAUCUGAGCAAAAUAAUAAUUAAUACCACUAUAAAUUGCUAAUUGUAAUAUUAUUUUCACCUCAUAAUUCUCUAUCUGAGAUUUAGUUUGGCCUUUCCAUACACUGAUGACAUGUAGUCUUGAGUAUAAUAAAGAUAAAAUUACAACGUUAUUUAUCCAGAAAAUAAGCAGAAAGAAAUAGAAUUUAAAGAGACAAUACACAGCAUACUUAAAUUUAUGUUCAGACUUAUAUUUGACUGUUGAAAUACAUGCUAAAUUUGCACAACCUCAUUAAUAUGGAAAAAAUAAAGCAAAUGUUCAAGACUGUCGUCUAGUUUGUAACAGAGCAAAACACAAGCCUAAAUUUUUUUAGUCCUAUUAACAGAUGAGUACUUUGAAGUAAGCAGUUUGAUUAUAGUUUUGAUUCUGCAAAUAAGUGAACUUGUUGUUUCACUGCAUCAUCAACCAGGAAAAUAUACUUACUUGAUCGAGCACUUUGCUUUACAUGUAUGUAAUGGAUUCUUCUUGAUGUGUCUGACUUCUCCCAGAUCACUGGAUUAGGAUAACUGUAUUUACGCAGAAUUGCUUUCCAUUUUAUGAUGCUCACGAGAUUUGACUUUAUGGCAAAUGUCAAAACAUAUUUGUGUGUGUGUGUGUGAGAAAGGUUCAGUAAUCUUCUUUGGCAAUCAUAUGAAAAAUAUCAAACCAGUAUUUUUAACAUAAAAAACAAUUAAGCUACAAUCCAUUCAAAACAAUGUAAGUAGAGGUAUUUGAAGGGUGCUGAAUUUGGCUGGAUCAUGCCAGUUGGUCUUGGAUUUCCAAAACAAAAUUAAUGUUUCAGGUUGUUGUAGCCUAAUUAAGUUUUGCUUUAGAAUUAAGACCCCAUGCAUAAUUGUUGUGUUGGGAGUCCCCUUAUGUAUUUCCUCGAAGGUUAUUGAGAAUGUUAACUCGUUUCUGCCAUAUAAGUAUCAGUUGCUGUUGUCUAUGCCUUUCCUCUGUCAUAAAUGUGACUCUGUAACUCAACUCAUCUGUAAUAAAUACCUGUUAUGUGAUCAUC